AGAGAAGCGCUUGCACACAUUGUGCACACCCCGGGGGUUUUAAUGUCGAGUUCUUUAAUGAGGCUGGCCUGUGGACUUUGAGGAUGGGAUAACAGGGGGAAAACAUUGAUGAACGGAGCUGUUCUUUAAUCUCCUUCGUCUCCCCGCUAGGUCCUUGCGUUCUAGAUUUAGUGUCGAGAUCCUGAUCUUCAACUGUUGGCGGAGUGCGUGCGCGCGUUUCUGCUGGAUCACCCAACGUUCCAUUCCCAGGAUCUCUGCGUUCUAAACGGUUGUCGUCCAGGAGCCCACCCUCGGGCUGAGGCCCUGCUCGUUCCCCAAGACAUCUCCAUCUCCAUCCCCUCCCCUGGGGAAAGGGCCAGUGACAUGGUGCACCGCCCGGCCAGUUCUACACUGCAGCCUCCCAAAACAUCCACUCCCUUUUACUUCCUUGUUUAAUUAUGCUCAGUGCGCUCAGCUUCUCGUUCUGGCCCCCUUUUGAAAAAGUUAUCACUGCCCAGUGAUCAGCAGAGAAAUGACUGCUAAAGUCAUCAUUUUGUCGUUGGCAUUAGGACACAGAAGUGACCUUUUUAAAUAGGGUGUACGCGUUAAAAAACGGUUGAGUUCACUUCAGGUGUCCCCUUAAAGGGAAGUAUGAGUCACUCGCAGAAGCGAAAGUUACACGUUUCGACUUCUCAGUUCUCGCUAACGUUUGAAUAUUGUACACAACCGUGUGGCCUUUUGAAAAUGAAGGCACCACAUUUCAGAAAAGAGGCAGCUGUGUUUUUCUUUUUCUUUUGUUUGCUUGCUGUGUGUCAAACCUUUCCAACCCCGGCCGACCGAGAUACUUUGAUGAUACUGGAACAGUUCCAAUUUACAGGCGGUAAUCUCCUCAUGACUGAAAAAGAACUGCAGGUUAAUUAUAUACUUAAGAAAAUCAAAGGAAAGGAGAUAAUGGAAGGAAUGAAAACUGGUAAAUUUGCCCCAGCCAUGCACUUUUUCAGAGCAAAAGAAUUAAUUGAACAAAGUCCAGUUUUUAACAUUAUACAGAUGAUGCCUAAAGGUGCUGGUUUACAUCUCCAUGAAUAUGCCUUAUUGAGUGUCGACUGGCUUGUGAAGAAUGCCACUUAUUUGCCUAAUUGUUACAUUUGUUUCACACCCGUGGGAGGUGUCCGGUUUCAUUAUUUCCACAGAACGCAACAGAGAAAAAUGGUGAACUGCUCAGAAUGGGUUUUGCUUGAGCAAUACAGAAAGCAAAUUCAAAAUGUCACAGAAUUUGAUAACAGUCUGAUGAGAAAUCUAACAUUGAUAACGGAAAAUCCAGAAGAAGCCUACCAAUCGCAAAACAUCAUUUGGCAAAGAUUUUCUGACGCAUUUGCUGCUGCUAGCAGUCUCAUUUCGUAUGCCCCAGUAUUUAAAACCUACUUCUAUGAAGCUUUGAAGGAAUUCUAUCAUGAUAACGUACAAUACAUAGAGAUACGAGCAUUACUGCUACCGGUCUAUGAACUUGAUGGAACCUUACAAAACAAGAAUUGGUCUAUUAUGGCUUACCACGAGGUUGCAAGACAAUUCAAAGAUGAUCAUCCUGACUUCAUGGGAACUAAAGUCAUUUUUUCAGUACAUAGAAAAUUGAAUAAUACAGAAAUGAAGACUGCAAUAUAUGAGGCCAUGGAGCUUUACAAUAAAUUUCCAGAGACUGUGGCUGGAUUUGAUAUGGUUGGCCAUGAGGACGCUGGGCACCCACUAUGGUAUUUCAGAAAUGAGCUAUUAAUUCCGGCAAAACUUGGAGUUAAGCUGCCAUACUUUUUUCAUGCAGGGGAAACUGACUGGGAAGGUGUACAUGUAGAUGAAAACAUUUUGGAUGCACUGCUGUUGAACACAAGUCGAAUAGGCCAUGGCUACAGCAUAAACAAGCAUCUUGCGGCAAAACAGUUGUCCCAAAAGCUUGAUGUGGCACUAGAAGUGUGUCCAAUCUCAAACCAGGUGCUUAUGCUGGUGAGUAAUCUACAAAAUCACCCAGCUGCAGCUUUAAUGGCAGAAGGUCAUCCCAUGGUCAUUAGUGCUGAUGAUCCAGCUGUGUUUGGGGCUCGUGGUUUAUCGUAUGACUUUUAUGAGGCCUUCAUGGGAAUAGGAGGUUUGAAAGCUGAGCUGACAACAUUGAAACAGUUGGCUUUGAACUCAAUCAACUACAGUGCUAUGUCUGCGCAGAUGAAAGUUGAAGCCAUCAAACUCUGGCAAAAAAAGUGGGAUCAGUUUUUGGAUGUGGUUGUUCACAUGUUCAACAGUGAUGAAUUGUGAGAAAAGGUUUUCUAACAGAGUGAUUUUAAUGUUUUGAAUCAAUUCUGACUUAGAAUUGGUUAUCUGGCAAUCUUGAUGUGGCUACAAGAGAAAAUCUUGUAUCUGUAUAUUAUGUUGCAUGAUCUCAGGACAAUCCAAAUGUGCUUUACAGCCAGUUGAGUUACUUUGGCAUUUUGUAUUAAAUGUUGGAUCCUAGGUUGUCCACAUUUGAUAAAAUCUGGUACAUAAAUGUGUAUUGGGCCAGAUUUUAUAUUCAUUCAGAAUAUGUUUACAAAGAAUGAUUUACAUUUGAUUUGUGAAUGUGAAUUUUCUCUAGUAGGGGGAAAAAAAGCCAUCAAUCUUGAUUCUGUUCCUUUCCCUACAAAACUCUGAUAUCGAUACCAUCAAUCUUCUUGGCUCCAAUCAUAAGAUCGUAAGAAAUAGGAGCAGGAUUAGGCCAUUUAGCCUAUUGAGCCUGUCCCACCAUUCGACAAUAUUGUGGUUGAUCUGAUUUUGACCUUAACUCUACUUUUCGGAGCUCUAUUUUUUGGCGAUCCCAUAACCCAUGAUUCCUCUUAUCUAAGCAUCUGGCAAUAUCAGGGCGAGCCUAAAGCUUUGCAACUUUGGUGUUUUGCUAGCUUUGAAGCUAAAAUUCCUUUAUUACAUCCAUUUGGUAGCUAAACUGACUGAUCUCCACUUACUACUUCCCUACUGGUUCUGACACCAUUUUAAAGUUUGAAACUUAAUAUCUUAGAUGCUCCCCCAAUCUGUUUCCUUCUCUUAAUUAAAACAUGCGCUCUUCUGAAUUUUCAUUUCCACAAAUAAAGAUCUUAAAAUCAACAUGCAAUUGUGCAAUGAUUAUCAAAUCUAUCCUUGCCAAUCUGUAUUGGCUGCUUAUGAAAUUAAGUUGAUUUUAAGGUCUUUAUUUAAGAUUUCAUAGCCCUCUGGUGUCACACACACUUCACUUCAUUUUCUCUCUUUUGGCCUUUUGGCUUUCAAAACAGCCUUUUGCAUCAAACUGUUCCUCCACUGUUCCCUCAGUUAACCUUCCUGCCCUUGUCAAUCCCCCUGUUAUGUUGACAGCCUCCCUGCAUUGGAAAACGUUUUGAAAAGCCUAGUGGUCAACUCUGCUUUCAACUACACCUUUUUAUUAUUUCCUUGUAUCCUCCCAUACUGUAUGCAAUUUAUUCUGCUACUCUGCAAAAUGCUUUUCUAUUUACAAAACAGCAAUAUACAAAUACAAAGUAUUCAAUACUAUCAAUUGUAAACUGAAACUUUGACAGUCCACACACCCAACACUAAAAUUACAUCCUUGACUUUUAAAAAUUAUGGACAAAAAUAUAAAAGGCUGUUGCAUUUUUGAUUAUCAGUUUGUGAUACCAAGUUGCAAGGGGAUGUGCAGUAGCAAUAGCGGAGAGUAAACGUUUAGCUGGUGAAUCUUGCUGGGAGCUAAAACUGACAGUGAAAUAUCAUUGAUCCUGAUAUGGCUUUUGCUGAGAUUGAGCCAUUUUAGAUGUGGAAAGUCGUCAUAUUUAAAAACGAAUCUAUCUUGCACUCUAUCUUUAAUCAUUACUGUUUCUUAGAUAACGUUAGCUCCAUUUUUAUGUAUGGCUUAUGAAAAAGAAAGAAAUGCUUGAAUCUCUUUUAUUUUUUAAUGUCUGUGACAUUAUUGAAAAGAAUGUACACUGUAAGAAUGACCUUGUACCAUGGCCCAUGUAAGGUUAUACACAACUUGCACUGGCACCUUAUUCAAUAAAGUUCACAGGUGUUUGCA